GUUUUCGUGAAUAUUCUAUGCGUCAAUUUACCAUGAUAAACUGUAGUUGAUCGAUUGCCUUCAAGUUCAGUAUUUAAGUUACUUGUGGAAUGCUUAAACUGGCAUUUAUGUCGAGCAAGCAAAGUAUUGUUGCUUUCGUUAUUUUUGUGCAUUUAUUUGGGGCGCGGGGAUUUAACAUCCAAUCUCUCCUCCACCGAAAAUUGAACAAGACUGGAGACGAGUAUUUAGCCUCGUUUUGAAGGGUUUUUUUUCCCCAAAUAAACCCGGAAGUUAAUGUCUUAGUAUUCUUGGAGAGGUCUUUUAUAUUCGCUCAUCUACCAUAAAGCCAAGGGAAGCUAUUUUUUUCCAGUAUGCAAAAAGUAAAACCAACGAGGAAAACAAGACAAGCAGCUCAGGAACUCGGACAAGAGUUUUCGAAGCCAUGGAACCAGAGCGAUGUGGUCUUGAUCGUGGAAGGACAACAUUUCCACGUUCAUCGUGUCAUCUUGGCGAUGUUCUCGCCUGUUUUCUCCCGAAUGUUUUCUUCUGAUUUCAAAGAGAAAGACGCAGACGAGAUUCCUUUACCCGAGAAGAAGGCCGCUGUGAUAAGGGAGAUGCUGAUGGUCAUCUAUCCAAUAUUCAACAAACCUGUGAACGACACCAACUUGGAUUUCUUGCUACCUCUUGCGCGGGAGUACCAGAUGACAGUGCUUACACAGAGAUGUGAAGAUCAUCUGCUGCGAGCUGCAGAAGAGGAACACGAAAUCGGUCCAAUUUUGGGGGCCUUAAUUGUCGCUCAGACUUACGCCUUGGAAAGAUUGAUAGCUCAGUGCAUCAACAAAACCCAAAAACUAGCCAUCGAGGAGGUACAGCGUCAUGAAUUAUACGAACAAAUCGAACCUGCUUCCCAGCGAAAGAUGAUUGAAUUACAAGUGAGUAGCAUGCAGGAAGAACUACGCGACGCCAAACAGGAGAUUUCAAUGCUGCAAAACAAAAUCAGAAAAAUGGAAGCUUCCGCGUCAAAUGGUUUGCAGUCCUUUGAAUCACUUGUUGCCACUCUUGGAAAGCACAUUCGUCACGCCAAGAAAAUCAAGGAAAGCUCCCUUAAAUUCCAAAUUACAACAGAGCAAAACAUGGAAACUAUUCGUUCCGACGUCACGGAUAUGAGGUACAUGUACGUAGUCGCAUCAUUAAAUACCUCCCCACGUUCAAAGCGCCUAGAGCGUCCAGAGCGUUCAGAGGUAUGUUUAGAUUUGUCUCCCGCAUACGAUGAUCUAAAACGCCUUCAAGAUAAUCUAAAAGCAAUAAAUAAUUCGGAUGAUCUUGCCCAGCGUAAUCCAUAUGCAAAUUAUUAGAUUUUAAUAGUCACCCAUUGACAAGAUAAAAUAAACAGUGGAUGUCAGAAUCGGGAUAAAUUUCAAUCAAUGAGGUGAUCUAGUUUUCCAAGAAGACUGGGGUUGUACAAGCAGUCAGGUUACUAAGGCCUUUAUACAAAAGUGUAAGUCUAACUUCUUGUCUCCAGUUUUGAAUAAUUAAUUGACUACAUGUAUGCCAGGAAUUUAGUGACUGCUGCUCGCAUUCCGCUGCAUGUGGACAGUGUAGUAUAUAACAUACAAUUUCUUGGAUUUAAUUUUAUAUCGGUAGGUUAUAUUAAUACUGCCAAUCAGUUGUACUGUAUUCCUAUUUUAAGCAUCAUAGUUGCCUACCUACAGUUGUUUAAAAUUAUAAAAGUAACCUCAAGUUAGCAGAAACAAACAAAUUAAUGAUUAAUGUAUUAAUCAUUAUCGAUGUGCAUUAUUUAAAAUAAAUAUUUAAGUCCACCCAUAUCUAUAAGUUGUAUAUAUACUAUAUAUUCUGUAUUCUGUACUAUGUACUAUGUACUAGCUACAUGUAAUUGGUGACUGCAGGUUGUGGAAUUUUUUUUUUCUCUACUUCAGUUUGUAUUCUUUUACAUGUUAAAUUUAGCUUUUUGUUUUUAUGAAUAAAAUCGAUCUUUUUGUUGUCUGUAUUAAAGCAAAAUGCACUGCCUAGGUAAGUUGUAAAUUUUUGUAAUUUUUUCAUUUGCUUUACUAAAUGGGGCUUGGCAAAAUGGUUAGAUUGAGAGGUCCCAGUUUAAGUCCCUGGGGGUAUCCCUGCGAUGGAAUAGCACUGAGACCCUGUUAGGGGCAGACCUGCCAACUCUCCCGGUUUUCCCGGGAGUCUCCAAGUUUUUCAUCAAAUCUCCCGGUCUCCCGGUUAGAGCACCAAAUCUCCCGGGAACUACCUACCGUGGCUCUUUUUAAUUCUUUUUUCUUUAAUUUCUUUAUUUUCAAGAUUUCAAAAACGAAAAUAAAACAAGAAGGGAAUUUGUUGCUCUUAUUUGAGCUGCUCUCAAUCGAAAAACGUAAAACAGAACAAUCAAAUUGAUAUAUAUUUAACGRRUAUCCUAACUGGUCAGAAAUCAACCAAUCAAAUUGCACAAUACAUGGUACAAAAUUGGCAAGAUUUCUAGCCGUCUCCAGGUUUUUGUACUCUGGGGGUUGGCAGGUAUGUAGGGGUAAAUUCUGACAAGCGACAUGGCCUUGAAACGGCAACACGAGAGCUAUGAAUUGGCGACGAACGACAUACUACUCCAGUGAAAUAGGGAAAGCAACACCAAUGGCGAGAUAGACCGACAACGAAUUUCAGAACUGAGAAUGCAGUGAUUGUUUUAAACGUCCGAGUCGAAGUGAAGAUGCAUUUCCAAAGUUUUAAAUGUGUUUUUCUCCCUCAUGCGCGAUGUCGAUGGGUCGUGAAACCCAGACUUUCUUAUAUAUGCUAAGACAUCCAGGUCGAAUGAAUCGAGUCCGUCAUUGCUGAAUAUUUUUUCUCACUCUCAGCUGAGUGAGUAGUGCCCUAAAACCCCUAAAAACACGCUUAAGGAAAAUGGGAGUAGAUGUUUGAAAGUUGGCUUCAUAUUUUUAUUAGUGGGCCACCAGUAAAAGAAUAUGAAGCUGUGUUAUCAACUAGGAAAUGAGAGACCAGGGGAAAGCUGCCAAGGUCUUCUCAUCUUCAGCGUCUAAAUUUCAAAAUUUCCCAGGGACAGCAUGCCCCCACAUCCCCUAGGAGGUUAGCAACUUCAGCGCUUGAAAGCAUGCCCAAGCCCUUAGAAAGGAUGCCCCCAAUAUG